UCUUCCUCUUCUAUCUUCAUCAUCUCCAUCCGCAUGGCCAUUCAAUUAGGAGCUUCUUCCUCUUCUUCACUAUCAUCUUCUUCCAUCCAUCCAUGGAAUCAUGAUGUAUUCUUGAGCUUUAGAGGUAAAGAUGUUCGCCAAAAGUUUAUUUCUCAUCUAUACCGAGCUUUAUGUCAAAGUCGAAUCAACACUUACAAGGAUAAUGUCGACCUUAAGAAAGGACAGCAAAUUUCGUCUGAACUUUUUAAAGCUAUUGAAGAGUCAAGGAUUUCGAUCAUUGUAUUUUCUAAAAACUAUAUAGAAUCCCAAUGGUGCUUAGACGAGCUAUUGAAGAUUCUUGAGUGCAAAAAAUUAUGCAAACAAAUUGUUUUACCCAUAUUCUAUGAGAUAAAACCAUCAGACAUACGAGAGAAAAAAGGAAGCUUUGGGGAAGCAUUCACUAAACUUGGAAAGGAAAUCAAGGAUGACAUAAAGCAGCUGGAGUCUUGGAAGGAAGCUUUAGAAGAAGUAGCCAAAUUGUCCGGGUUGGAAUAUAUAGCGUUCGGGUAAGCUUUGCCUAUAGAUAUGUUCUUCGCGUGUGUAUGUGUGAGCAUAUAUAUAUAUAUAUAUAUAUAAUAUGAUGCUAUUGAGAUAUUAGGGGAUUUAAUAUAUAUUACCACUACCACGUUAGUUUCACAUACAGUUUAAUAUUGGAGAAAUAGAAGAACAUGAGAUAAAUAAAAAUACAUAUAUUUUCUUUCUAGCAAAAGCAAAGGAAUAGAGGAAUAUAUAUGGAAUUUCGUCCAUCAAAUAACUGAUCAAUGAUCGGAUUGUUAGAAAAAUUAGAUAAU